AUGAUAUUGAAAAUUAAAUUUUUCAUUAUAUUUAUUUGUUCAAAGGUACAUACAGCACCUAAUCAUAAUCAAAAAGAUAAAUAUGAACAAGAAUUAAAAAAAGAAAUAAAAAAAUUACAACGUUUACGUGAUCAAAUUAAAGCAUGGAUAUCAUCAACAGAAAUUAAAGACAAAAAAUCUUUACAAGAAGCAAGAAAAAAUAUCGAACAACAAAUGGAAAGAUUUAAAAUAGUCGAAAGAGAAACAAAAACAAAAGCAUAUAGUAAAGAAGGUUUAGGUGCUGGACAAAAACUUGAUCCACAAGAAAAAGAAAAAGAAGAAUGUCAUCAAUGGAUUACAGAAGCAAUUCAAGAAUUAAAAAUUCAAGUUGAUAAAUUCGAAUCGGAUAUUGAAACAUUAUCUGCAUCUUUAAAAAAGAAAAAAUCCGAUAAAGACAAACAAGAACGUCUAGAAGAAACAAAACAUUCAAUAGAACGUCAUAAAUUUCAUAUUGAAUCUCUUGAAAAAAUUCUUCGUGCAAUUAAUAAUGAUGCACUAGAUCUUAAAACCAUACAUAAUUUACGAGCUGAUAUUGAAUAUUAUGUUGAAUCAAAUCAAGAUUCAGAUUUUAAAGAAAAUGAAUUAAUGUAUGAAGAAAUUGAUAUGGAUAAUUUAAUAACAUUAAUGGCACCAGUUAUAAAUGUACCAACACAAUCUUAUCCUCCAUCAUUAUCAAAUGGUAAUAGUAGUUUAAAUUCAAAUACAACAUCAAGUCAUAUAGAUAUUAGUUCAUCAUCAAUGAAUAUCAAUUCAUCAACAAAUUAUUCAUCGGAUCGUACAAUAACUACGACUUCAAGUCAUGGUGAUAAUGAAUCAAUUAUGGGCCUUACAACACCAUCAUCAACACAAACUAGUUCACCAAGUGCUAGUCCAGCAUUAUCAUUAACAGAUGAUCGAAAACGCAAUAAAUCUGAAUCAGAAGAUAAUCAAUCUCAACGAAAUAGAUCAAAUUCAGGUGCAAACAAUUUAUCAUCAGUACAUGUACCUUCACCAAAAACUCCUUCUCAAUUACAACAACAAUCACCUAAUAUAUUAUCAUCAACAAAACCAAUAUUACCAUCAGCACCAUCAUCAGCUUCAGUACUUUCAACAAGUGCACCACCACAUUUUACAUAUCCUAUAACAACAACAACAUUACCUAUUCUUCAAUAUGCAGCAAUUGUUUCACAAAAUACUGUGCCAUCAACUUCAACAACAACAACAAGUAGUAAUACAACAAUAUCUAAACAAAAUGUACUUUCUCCACAAACAAAACAACAAUCAAGACAACUUCUAAAUGGAACAAUAACAAUAACGAAUACAAAUGAUUCAAUAGUAACUACAACAUCAACUCUACCUAUAUCAUCAGUAACAACAACAGUUACUAGUUCAUCAAAUAGUUCUCAUCCACCUUCAUUAUUAUCCACGACUAAUGAUCGAACAGGUAUAUUAUCACAACAUAUUCUCAAUAAUAUAUCUCAAAUAAGUGCUUCAUCAUCAUCAACAUCAACAACAACAAUUCCAUCAUCAUUAUAUUCAGGUCCAGGAACAAAUAUAUCAAAUUGCAACAUUCCUCUUGAAUCAUCUAAUUCAAUUGAUCCAGCAAUUGUAUCUCAACAAUCAUCAUUAUUAACUCGUACAAUAUCAGAAAAUGAUCGUACAACAACAUCAACAUUAAUAAGUAAUGGUCCUUCAGAUGGACAUUCAUUAUUAGAUAAUGCAUUUUCAACUAUUCCAACAUCAUCAACAUUUUUAUCAAAUAAUACAACACAUCUAGGAGAUAUUCCAACAACAAAUGGUAGUGUUAUGAAUCAAUUAACAAGUAGUAUACAAAUAAAUCCUGAACAUCAUUCACUUCGUUAUAUGUUAUCAUCAAAUAUUAUUCAUCAACAACCAAUACAAACAGGUCGUGUAUCAUUAACACCAGCUGAAAUGCGCAUGCUUAAUAGAUUAAAUUCAGCAUAUGCAAAAUUACCAUCGUUACUCGAAUCAGAACGACAAAGAACAAAUGCUAAUCGUAUUUAUGGUCGAGGUCUACUUAGUCAAUCACAAAUUAUUGCAUAUUAUCCUCAAAGUCCACCAACAGGUAAUGAUACACCAGAAUUUUAUUAUCGACUUGCACCUGAUACAUUAUUCUUUGUAUUUUAUUACAUGGAGGGAACCCGUGCACAAUAUUUAGCAGCUAAAGCAUUAAAACGUCAAUCAUGGCGUUUUCAUACGAAACAUAUGAUGUGGUUUCAACGACAUGAAGAACCAAAAACAAUAACCGAUGAUUAUGAACAACGCGAAUGUAUUAGUAUUCAUGUUGGUCAAGCUGGUGUUCAAAUUGGUAAUGCCUGUUGGGAACUCUAUUGCCUUGAACAUGGUAUUGAACCAGACGGAACACUUAGUCAACAACGUGAUAGUAGUCAUAUCAUCAGUGCUGGACGAUAUGUACCACGCGCUGUUUUUGUUGAUCUUGAACCGACAGUUAUUGGUGAAAUUCGUCGAGGAACAUACGCCAAAUUAUUUCAUCCCGAACAAUUGAUUUCCGGCAAAGAAGAUGCUGCAAAUAAUUAUGCUCGUGGUCAUUAUACAGUUGGCAAAGAAAUUAUUGAUACUGUACUUGAAAAAUUACGUAAAAUUGCCGAUCAAUGUACAGGUUUACAAGGAUUUCUUGUCUUUCAUAGUUUUGGUGGUGGUACUGGAUCAGGUUUUACAUCAUUAUUAAUGGAACGUUUAAGUUUAGAUUAUGGUAAAAAAUCUAAACUUGAAUUUGCUGUUUAUCCAGCUCCUCAGGUUUCAACUGCUGUUGUUGAACCAUAUAAUUCAGUUUUAACAACACAUUGCACAUUAGAACAUACCGAUUGUGCUUUUAUGGUUGAUAAUGAGGCUAUUUAUGAUAUUUGUCGUCGUAAUUUAAAUGUUGAACGUCCAUCGUAUCAUAAUUUAAAUCGAUUAAUCGCACAAAUAGUUUCAUCUAUAACAGCAUCACUUCGUUUUGAUGGUGCAUUAAAUGUUGACUUAACAGAAUUUCAAACAAAUCUUGUACCUUAUCCACGUAUACAUUUUCCACUUGUUACUUAUGCACCUAUAUGUAGUGCUGAAAAAGCUUCUCAUGAAACAUUCAGUGUUCAAGACAUAACAAAUGCUUGUUUUGAACCAGUUAAUCAAAUGGUUAAAUGUGAUCCACGUAAUGGAAAAUAUAUGGCUUGUUGUUUACUUUAUCGUGGUGAUGUUGUACCAAAAGAUGUGAAUACAGCUAUAUCAGUUAUUAAAACAAAACGAUCAAUACAAUUUGUUGAUUGGUGUCCAACGGGUUUUAAAGUUGGAAUUAAUUCUCAACCUCCAGUAGCUGUACCAGGUGGAGAUGUAGCAAAAGUUCCUCGAGCUGUUUGUAUGAUAUCAAAUACAACUGCUAUUGCAGAAGCUUGGGCACGUCUUGAUCAUAAAUUUGAUUUAAUGUAUGCAAAACGAGCUUUUGUUCAUUGGUAUGUUGGUGAAGGUAUGGAAGAAGGUGAAUUUACUGAAGCUCGUGACGAUUUAGCUUCACUUGAAAAAGAUUAUGAAGAAGUUGGUGCUGAAUCAUCACAUGCAGAUCUUCCUAAUGAGGGUGAAGAAUAUUAA